GGGUGUUUGACCAUGCCAUUGGAACUAAUUUAUUUUUCAACUAUGAAAAGGAUGUAUCUCAACAAACCGAUGCCUUCGAUAAUAGAGGACCAAUUCAUCUUGAGUAUAUUCUCGGAAAUACCAAGGUACUAUCUUUGAAGCAAGUAAAAGUUCCUCCCAGGAAAGUAAAUUUACCAAAGGAAAAGAAAAAAAUCAUUUUUAAUUUAGAUUGGGACUACAAUACACUCUUAGAAAAAUUGGAGAAUGGUUCGUUGAGUGGUGAAGAUAUUGUCAGUAGAACAAAAGAUGAUAUUUGUAUGAAAACAGAACCGAUUGAUAUUCGUGAAAAUCAUGAAGAAAUUAAUAAUGAGAAUCUAGAUGAAACGAUUUCAAUUGACCAAGAUCCUGAAGAAAUUACAAAAGUGCAAAAUGAGUCACCUGAUUUGUAUAAAAUCGAACAAAAUUGGUAUAAUCAUUCACCUGUGAAAAAGUUGGAAGAAAAAUAUAAAAAACUGAAGGAUUUGGCACUGAGACCAAUGCAAGUACAGGUUACUCCCGAAAUUAUUGAAGAAAGUGAUUCCAAAUAUAGAGCAGCUCAUGAAUAUGACUCGCUUGAACGACAGGUUGUCAAAAUGAGCAACAGUUUUCGUGAGGAACCUACAGUAGAAAUAAACUCGAAAACUUUUUUCAGUCAUGUGGAUAUUGACCGUUGCGUUCUUUAUGGAAUCUUACCAAAAUCUGUCAAAAAUUCACAGCUGCUUAGUGAAAAGGAAAAACAGAAAGUUCUCACUCUCGAUAAUUUUGACAAUCUCUCCUUGGUUGCUCGUUUCAAUGUAUUGAAAAAGCAGGUUGAAAAUUUGGAAGUAGAUUUUAAGAACAAAAAUGAAAGAGAACUCAACCUGAGAGAUGAGUUUGGCAGAACCCCAUUAGAGACUUUAGAUAUCUAUAGAAGAUUACAAGAUGCUGUGAAAAAUCGUAUUGACAGUAUUGGCUGUACUCUAAGUAAUUCUGAGAUUCAUAAAAAAUCUCUAGAUGGAAUUAGUUAGAAGUUUCAUUUGGCAAACUUACACCUGAACAGAUAAAUUGCUCACCAGAUCUUUGUUGACUGCUCAGAAUAUCCCAAAGUGUUUGAACAAAAAUCAAGAAGGAGAGGGCCAGAAAGAGGAGUUGCUGGUUGUCAAACGAAUUUAUUAUUUAUUUAUUUAUUUAUUAUCAAAUGAAUUCUGAAUGAUUACAAUAAAAGAUUCAAAUUU